ACCAUCUCCCGUCUCUGUUGUUGUACGCCCCGAAAACACAGCAUCAGCACCAGCGCGUCAACAACACCAGCCUGCCUGCUUUCUGUGCAUACUUAGGUUACCUGCCUCCGUUCCACCAUGAGGUUUCCAUGACAAAGAAAGCGGCGAGACUAGGCCUCCAUUCCUCCUUCUCUGUCUCAUUUCGCGCAGUUAUGUCUUUGGUUCGCGGCUCCCUCUCGCCAUGCCUGCGGACCGCCUGUACCUGCUUUUCUCGCUGGUGGUGAUCUCCUGCGGGGAUGGUGUCGUGAGGGCGGCGCCUGAGGGUGGUGUCCUCGGCGGCCUAAUCACGCUGCUGACUGCGGAGGACAAUGCUAUCGCCACUGUCCCAGACGGAGCCAUCACCGGCCAGACGGCUCUUUCCCAGGUUCAGACUCCGUCUGUCCUAACACCAGAGCCGCCCUUUGCCUUGAGGGUCCUGGUGAAGGAUCAGGUGACCCGGCGGCGCCUGGGCGGGGCCCAGGUGGGGGUGUUUGUCAACCACACCCUGAGUAGCCAGGCCCUGACUGGGGAGAAGGGAGAGGUGCUGCUCAGGGUCCCCUACAGCCUGGGACUCAGCCUCACCAUUGUAGCUAGCAUGGAGGGAUACGUCCUCACCCCGUUGCCCUGGAGGACCACCAAGAGACCUAUAUUCUCCUCAGUGACCUUAUCGCUGCUCCCUCAAAACCAAGGCAACAUCUGGCUGUUUGACGACUCCGUGCUCAUCACUGGGAAGUUACCUGACAUCUCCUACCAGCCCAGCGUUCAGUUCCCCAAGAGUCACCUGAUGCUCUCUGACGGCAGUAACACCUCCACAGUGAUGGCCUACCUGACCGUGCCACAGCGCCACCUAGGCAAGGACUGUGUCAACUGCACCCCAGGCAUCAUUCACAACAAGUCAGUGUUCAGGAGUGUUGAGUUGCGGGCGAUGGCAGCGGUCAGCACUCUGCUGUACUCUGGUGGUCAGGAGGUCCAGGUGAAAGGCCCCAUCCAGAUCUCCCUGCCCCUGGCACACACCACCAACCUGAGGCCCUCGGACACCCUCCCUGCCUGGGACUUCAACACCAAGACAGGUGCUUGGGAGAACCAGGGUCUGGGGAUAGUGAAGUUGGUUGGAGAUCAUCUGGUCUGGACCUACAUUGCUUCUCACCUGGGUUACUGGAUCGCUGCACCCCUACCCUCCUCCAACGGUUAUAUGGGCCAUGCCAGCUCAAUGGAAUUCCUCUCCUACCACACCUACCUGCUCGUAGGAAUACUGGGUGGGACUCUGGUUAUAGUCUUGGGGUUUCUGGCUGUGCUGCUGUGUCAAUGUGGAGGUUCAGGUUCCUCUCGUGGGCCGAGGAGGAGAGCACGGUUCUCGAAGCGGUCCGCUCUGAAGAAGGACCAGACCACCUCCACCCACAUGGAGGAGGGCCAUGCCAUGAUGUCCUUCCACCCCGGAGACAGAGCCCACAGCCUGGCCUCGCGCAGCGUCCAGUGUGACCCCUCCACCCCCAGGCACAACAAAGCCAACUACAACAUCUAUGUGGAAGACCCCGGGCGUGGGUCCGCCCUCCUGUAUGAAAAUGUGGGGAGCGGGGCCAAGGGACCCCAGGCAUCACACCACUACAUCAACAGUGAGGAGGUGGCCAGGCUGAGGGAGAGGUCCAGAGAGGAGCGGAACAGAGCCCACCUGGGUGGAGGUACUCAGCUGCUCCACCUUUACAACCAGCCUGUAGCCAACCUCCAGGCCCCGGAGCGCUUCAGCUGCCAGGGUGGGGAGCAGCAAGGAUCAGGCUGCAAGUCGGCCACCUUCCCCCGUAACGGAGGAGCCUAUGACACCCACUCCCACUCUGAGCAGGGCGGUCAUGACAGCUACACCCAGACCCUCCCUAAGAACCCCCACCAUGCCCAGGGAGCCAACCCCCAGCAGGGCGGCCAGGACCAGCCACAGGCCCUGGAGACCACUCCCCAAGGCCCAGCCUCUAAUACUGGGGCGUGGGGCCGUUACAGCAGCCUCCCGGAGUCCUCCGUUUCCGUCCCCGGUACUCUGAACGAGGCGGCUGGAAUGAGGGCCUUCAGCAGUGGGAUGGGGGGCCCCAGUGAACUCCAGGGGAUAUCAGAGCGUACACUCCUGGAGCUGACCCGAGGCAAGGCCUUGUCGCCUCACCCCAGGGCCUGGUUCGUCUCCCUGGAUGGGAAACCAGCCGCUUCGGUCCGCCACUCCAUCAUAGAGCUCCAGGGACGCCAUCCACGGCCCCCCAGCAGCAACGACACCAGCCUGGACUCUGGCGUGGACAUGAAUGAGCCCCAGCAGAGUGUGAGGGAGGCGGAGCGAGAGAGGCCUUCCAUGCGGGGCUCGUUCCACCACCACAGCAGAGGGCGCUACAGCGAGGAGCAGGACCUGAGCAGCAGUGAGAGCGGCACCACCGCCACCUGCACCCCUGAAGACCCCUACCUGAGGAACAUUCUGGACGGGAGCAGCGGGGCCAUUCCCAAUAUCCCGGAGGAGCGGGACGGAAUGGACACGUCCAGUGCACAGGAGGACAGUGAGUCGAGGGGGACACCGCCCCCACGCAGGCUGAGGAAGGUGAGGGAGAAGGGGAGGGCCGAGAAGAGAAGCGCCAGGCACCAUGUCAGAGAAGAGAGGCCUCUGGUCAAACGGAGCUAAGGCACUGCUCACCAGAGAUGGACUGGGAUGGGACUUGUUUCAUUACCAGUCAAUUCUGGAAGUGUAUUGACAUUAUUGGCAUUCAGUAGUUAAUGGGCAUGUUUCAUGUCCAGUUGCAUGGUCAGUGCUUUUUCCUGAAUUGGCUGUGAUGGUUACAGAAAUGUUGAAUCUGUCAAGAAGGGAUUGAGUUUAUUGUUUAUAGUUUUCCUAUAGGAGUCGUAUGUUGACCCCUAUAGGGGUCAACUUCUAAAAGGAAUAGUUAGAUAGAUGCCAGUGGACACGGCAGUAGUAUGGCUUCAGAUCAUCUCAUUCCUGGCAUCUGCGUCAAAGAAGAUGCGUUCUUUACACUGCCUGCGAUGAGGAGUUAGAGAUACUGUAUAGAGAGAUAAUGAAGGGUAAUUAGAGAGGAUAGAGGGCUGUAUUGGGAUCUGCCAGCAGAGACGGACAGGGAUACAGUCCUCCUGUACAGAACACUGACACUUAUCCACCGUGAUUGCCUGCCUUUAAAGGAAAUCGAUAUUAACACCAUUGCCUGCUCUGCUCACAGUGUUUAAGACUGGCUGUACCCAGCCAUCUGUCUAUCGCUCUGUUUACUAGACACUGAUUCACAGCUGUCCCUUUUAGAGGUCAUCUUUACACCUAUUAAGGGGGAAAUACCAUUAUUUCUUUGAGAAUGCAUGAAAGGUAUAAAGUAAAAUGUUGUGUAUGAAAAGAGGAAAGUAUGUGUAUUUGACGUGUAGUGUGAAGACAAUUGGAAAGGAUUCUCUUCUUAGGGACAUUAAGUCUGAGGGAUACUAAUCCAGUCAUGUGUUACUUUAACAUAUUCUUCUUCAAAUAGUUACUGUUGAUGUUCAAUGAUUCCUGUUCCACGAGCAGAUCUUACACAACACAUCGCUGUCCUUACAUACAGAUGGAGUAUGGGGAGGUGGUCAGUUUAAGCUUUUAUUGUUCAGUCUAAAAAGCACAGAACACUUUCAUUUGACUGUUUGUGAUGCUUUGGAGCACAACUGGGAACGAUACACAUAAUAUAAUUUGAUUGGUUAGAACCCACUGCAAUGAGAACGUAAUAAGAGAAACAUAAAACACUCAAAUAAAGGAAAGCACUCAACAACAUUUCUUUUUUUUUUUUUUUGUAAAAAGUGAGGUGGUAUUUCAAAUGAACACAAACCAUAUUGCUGUGAUGGACUGAUACAUUUGGUGAAGCACACAAUCUCCUCCUGAAAAUGAUCUGACCAGCGAUAUCAGUCGUCCUGCUGCUAAAUUUGAAACGACAUUCAUAUUUUGCCCAUAUUUAGUCUUCCUCGUGGUGUGACAUCACACACGCCAGUCCUUCAGUGUGUAUGAGGAUAAAUAAUGUACAUGAAUAGCUUUAUUUGAUAUGUACAUACUCAUGCAUAUGAUCUAGUAUGUGUGAUCGUGUAUUUUUAUGUAUGUAUGCAUACAUCGUCCUAUCCUUUCUCAGCAACUGCGACAAAAAAUGUUCUGAGAGAAUGAGAAUGCUUCUCAGAGUGAAGAAAGAUGUUUUUUUGAGCCAUCGUCGCUAUUCAUAAACCCAAGCUUUAGUGUAUGUGCUUUACUUCGGAGGUUUGUUACAUUAUUGUAUGUUAGCUUUGGUGCGAUGAAUAGGUUCAAAUGUGAUCCGGGGUGUAAAAAGCUUGACGACGUAGCAACUUGUACCUUCUAAAUGUAGCAGCGCAAGUUAUACACCUGACGAAUGCGGCGAUGAUUUAUGAAGCUUAAAAUGAUUGAAUGCUGAUCAUGUUGUUGUUGUUGUCGCCAUUGAUGAUGGUUAUGAAAAACAAGAUGUUUCAACCGUUGGAGAAUUGUAUAAAGUAUAGUAUGUAAUAAUAUUUCUCAGAGACAAAACAGACCCCACUGGCCCAUCCUUUUCAAAGUGGCCUACACUGAAUGUAUUUCCUUGUAUUUAUUUCAUUGUAAUGUAGUGUAUUUCUACUGUCCGUAUUCAUUUAACAUUAACUGGCAUUCAGGCUUUUGAAACGGGCAUUUAUUGUGUUGAUUACGUCAGUAUAUUACAGUAGUGUGAUUAGUCUGCCUUUUUGUGCACCUAUCAAUGCCUAAGUAAUAAACUCACUUGAUACCAAGA